AUGAAUCGUCUCUUGUGUUUUCUGCUCAUUAUUGGAUUGUGUGUAGGAUUGAGUGACUCAUUUAAAUUUAAUGAGAAAAACUCUGUAUUCUUUAAGAGUUCCCUUAGUAGAAACAACGUCUUGAAGAUUCAUUGUUUAUCGACAGACGAUCUAGGCGUCCAUUUUUUGCGUCCCGGGGAAACCUACGAUUUUAGUUUCCAUGAUAGCUUUCUGACAACAAGUUUUGGUUGUUUCUUAUGGCAAGGGCCUAAUUUCAAGUUUCAGGCAGAGUUUGAGGCAUAUGAAGGUGGUGGUUUCAUAGUUCAUUAUGGUAAAAAGAACUAUUGGGAUGCUAGAGAAGAUGGAAUCUAUUUCACACAUGGCAAAGAAAUCCCUAAGUUAGAGUAUAAGUGGAACUUAACCACCCCUGACUCGGCGGUGCAAACAAAUGUAGCAGCUUUGUUUUAA